GCCAUCGGCCGCGAGCGGGGGAUGGCCUGGUGUUGUGGAGGAGAGUUCAGUUCCGAUGAGGAGCAAGAAGAAGAAGAAGAGGGUUUGGCAGAGGUGACAGUGCACGUCUAUGAUGUGUCCCACAGCACGAAGGUUGAACACGCGAAUGACAUUCUCUACCGACUUGGCACCGGGAUCUUUCAUGCUGCCGUGGAAGUCUAUGGCCUGGAAUGGAGUUACGGAAAGAGUAAAGGGAGUGGCGUCUUCAGUUGCCAACCCCGAAGCUGCAAGGCACAUCAUUUCCGUGAAUCUGUGCCCAUGGGCAAGACGAGAUGUACGCCAGAAGAGGUGCAGAACAUUCUGCGAGAGAUGAGGAAAGAGUGGCGAGGGCCUGACUACGAACUUCUGAAGCGGAACUGCACUCACUUCUCGGAUGAUUUCUGUCGCAGGUUAGGCCUCCGACGAUUGCCGCGGUGGAUCCUGAACCUUUCAGCUGCUGGAGUGACGGUGAAAGGAGGAGUGAUCUAUCUGAAGUCAGUCAGCUCCGCCCCCGGGGUGGCGGCUGUGGCCAAGGCCGGAAGCAUCGACAGUGCGGUCAUCGCCCUGUUGGAGAAGGGCCGCGAACGGCGUGAGGCCACACACGGCGAGGACGUCGAGUCUCCCUUCCAUGCCUCCGACUUGGCUCGUGGGGUUGUGCAGCUGGGGCAGGAUGUCCGGCAUGUUGACCACGACGGCAGGGUCCAUGUUCGCGAUGUGAUGGCUGGCAUGAAAGCCGUACUGUACCGCAGAGCGACCAGCAACUCUGCUAUACGGAUGCCCAGUGUCUAGUGGCUCAAGGCGUGACUGGCCGAUGAUCUCCCCACGUAAGAGUUGACCCGAGCUGAGCUCUUUAAACAGCAGCUGAAGGUUGACCGAAACGUCGUGCAAUAGACUGGGCUGCGUCAAAUGUAUGCGGCUCUAUCAGUUCCAGAUGAAGACAAUCGAUGGAGCUUCGAAGAUCCUGCCACGUGUGCGCAUUAAAGAUCCUGCCACGAGUGCGCACGGCUGUUGAGUGAUGUGUCAAAA